UUUCUGCUUUGACGUCCAUUUCACAACUUCUGUUAUAACGAAAGAUGAUAAGUCUUGGCCGACCAAUCCGACAUGGCAAGAUAUAUAUGGUUCCCCAAAUAAAAGUACUAGUUAAAUCACCCUUUGCAACGUUGUGGCAGUGAAUAAGAAUGGUGAUCAAGGAACACAUAUCAACUGAUGAUGCAGAAAACAGUAUAACAGAAGAAGAGAACAUGGCAGUUUGGCUUCUUGGUAUCAAAACACUUCGAAUUCAGCCAUAUAGUCUCCCACCUCUUGGUCCUUAUGAUGUCAAGAUUCAAAUUAAAGCAGUGGGUAUAUGUGGAAGUGAUAUCCAUCAUUUCAAGAAUAUGAGAGUAGCAAAUUUCGUGGUUAAAAGGCCGAUGGUACUUGGGCAUGAGUGUGCUGGAAUUGUAGAGCAAGUUGGUAGCCAGGUGAAGUCCCUCAUGAUCGGCGAUCGCGUAGCUUUGGAGCCUGGUAUUAGUUGCAGGCAGUGUCACUUAUGCAAAGACGGUCGCUACAAUCUCUGCCGUCAAAUGAAAUUCUUUGGCUCUCCUCCAACUAAUGGUGCUUUAGCCAAUCAGGUGGUACAUCCUGCAGAUCUGUGUUUUAAAUUACCGGAUAAUGUAAGCUUGGAGGAAGGGGCAAUGUGUGAACCUCUGAGUGUUGGUGUUCAUGCUUGUCGUCGUGCCAAGGUAGGUCCAGAAACCAAAAUAAUCAUUAUAGGUGCAGGACCUAUCGGCCUUGUCACUAUGCUGGCAGCUCGUGCUUUUGGAUCACCGAAGAUAGUCAUUGUUGAUAUAGAUGAUCAGCGUUUAUCUUUUGCCAAAGACCUUGGUGCUGAUGAGAUCAUUAAAGUUUCUUCCAAUGAUGUGGAAGAUGAAGUGGGACAUAUAUGCAAUGCAAUGGGAGGUCCUGUGGAUAUGAGCUUUGAUUGUGUUGGUUUUAACAAGACUAUGUUGAUGACUCUGCAAACCACCCAUCCUGGUGGUAAGGUUUGCCUCGUUGGAUUAGGCCAAAGCGAGAUGACUCUCCCUCUUACUUCAGCUGCUGCAAGGGAGGUGGAUGUCAUAGGCAUUUUCAGAUAUAGAAAUACAUGGCCACUCUGCAUUGAACUUCUCAGAACUGGUAAAAUAGAUGUGAAGCCUCUCAUAACCCACAGGUAUAGGUUUACUCAAGAGGGGGUGGAAGAAGCCUUUGAGACCAGUUCUCGCGGUGGAAAUGCCAUCAAUGUCAUGUUCAAACUAUAGCUGCGUGGAAUAGAAAUUACUGGUAGUGUAGCCUAAACUGAAAGUUGGUAUCCAUUUUCCCUCUUUCAGCUAGAAGUAUGAAUAAAAGAAAAGAAAAACUUGAACUUGUAGAGAAGGUUUUUAUGGGCAUGAAUAAUGUAGAGCUAUUGAUCAUUCAUACACUCGUCCAAAAAUUUCCAUGAAAA